UGAAGUGAGAACCUCUGUUUAUAAAUCUUUCCCCACUCUCUUAGUUGCUGGGGGGAGGGAGCUACUUUCAUUUAGUAAACAGCUGGUGUAGCUGGAAGGUAACAGGCCAAGUUGCGGCACACAGCUCUUUGGGUCUUUAACUCAUCAGUUGAGUUAAAUUGAGAAGAUCAGCUAAAAAGACCUUUGAAGAUGCAGUGGACGUCCCCUCUCCCAUUGGUGUAUCUCUUUCUUCUGCUUCUCCCAUUCUUCCCUGGCCGAAAUGGUAAAGAAAAUAUAUCAACUGAAUGGCCAACAGACGUUAUCAGUGCUUGGGAAGGAGACUCCGUUACUAUAACUUGUUCAAAGAACAGUUCAGAAAAUGAAGUGGGGACAUACUUGAGGAUUAGAGAACCGCUAGACAAUAUUGUAUACGUUUCCUCCAAGAAUACUUCACAUAUACAUCGGAAUUUUACUAAUCGCACCACCUACUUAAAUGAAGGAACAAAUCUCACAAUCACUGUGCACGGCGUACGGAGAUCUGAUUCAAAUAUCUACCUAUGCGUCACCUAUAUUACAAAAAACAACCACCACAUCAAGCAAGAUGGGAAGUCAAUCAUUUUGGUUGUGAAAGCUAAACCCAAUGGGGUCAUUGAACAAUCACCACAGUCUGUCCUCGCUCAACAAGGAGAGUCUAUCAACAUUACCUGUGUGUUGAAAACAUGGCUUGAAGAUGAAGGGAUCAUGUUGCUCAGGACUCAAAUGCAACCUGAAAAAGUGUUCCAUGUUUCAAGUCAGAACACUACGACUAUUUUUUCCACUUUUGCUUAUCACUUGGAGUAUUCAAAGCAAGGGAAGAAUCUAGUGAUAACUCUCCACAACCUACAGGAAAGCGAUACCGACAUUUACCUAUGUGCUGCAAAGCUGAAAAAUUCCUCUCUCUUAGUCAGUGAAAGUGGCACCAUGGUGCUGGUUAAAGGUGGGAAGCAGACAGAAUGCAGUAUCAAUUCCUUGGCCAUCUCCACUCCUACCAUUGUGGUAGGAGUGCUGCUAUUAUCUGCACUGAUAUUCUGCAUCCUAAACCGUGUCAAUAUGAAGAAAUUUUUCCGGAGAAAGAAAACAAACGUAGUGUAUGAAGAUAUGUCUUUCAGUUCUAGAAGCAACACCUUAGUCAGAACUAACACUUACUCAAAUAACAGUUAAGCUGCUGUGAGCUGGCAUCACACGUGGAUCAACUGUUCCUUUUCAGGUGUCUCUGAGAGCUGCCUUAGCAACCUGAUGUAGUUGAACAAGAAAUGCUAUUACCUGUCCUCUGUAGCAGAAGGAAAAAUCUGCCUUGUUUCCAAAGCUGUUUUUACUUAUUUUGACUGCUUGUGAAAUACCUCUUACUUUUUCAUGUAUAGAAAAGAUGGAGACACAUAUAUUUGCACAUAUAUUUGCAGCACGGUGUGAAAAGCAGUAUUUUUGGAGUGUACAUUUGGCUAUAGGCAACAUGUGAGAUUGUUUCUUAGACUGAUAGGUAACCGUUACGGGGAAGUUGUGAUGGUUUGAGAAGUCUGGGUCUGAGUUUUAGUAAAAGCUCAGGAAGAUCAUAAGAGGUUUGAUUAAUAAUAUGCAAUAGAUUCACUUAAAAUGGAGCAUGGCUUUCAUAAAUGUCCAUGUGAGUCUGCUCAAAACUCUGGUAGCUAAAACUGCUCACAAGUUAAAGAGAAUUCAGAAGAGAAUUCAGAAACUUGGGAACAGAGUACAUUAGGAGUGAAGGGCUGGAUAUGUAUGGGUUUAGCUCUGCAAAGAGAAUGGUCCAAUAAAAUUGCAGUCAAUUGUAGCUAUUAAAUUAGUGACCUUGUUGGAGAUAUGGCAUGUUGGAGUCAGUCUUGACUUUGUUGACACGCAAAGUGAUUAGACUUGGUGCAUGAUGGCUUUGUAGGAAAGCAGAAAUAUGGGAUAUGCUGGCGUUGCCUCAAACUCAAGAUGCCUUAAAAAUGACACAGCAGAUUGUAAUUCUCCAGGCAGGUGACUUUAGAUGAUACAAUACAGGGUUAACUAAUCUGGGAUAAAAAUAAUGCCAACAUUCCAGCCUGGGCACAGCUGAGCCCGACCCAAAAUCAUUCUUAAGGGAGAGUUUAGCAAAAAAACUUUCAUCAGCUGUAUAUUUUACUUGGUAAUGGCUUAGAAACCUUAUUUAAGACGAUCACAGGUCUCCACAGCUGAGGAAAGGUAACAGUUGUCCUCAGGAGUGUUGGGUUUUGGGGAGCUGGGUUGACAGUGCAAAGAACAGUUUACAAUUUGGCAUGCCCAGAAGAAUAUCAAACUGCCUAAUUAAGAGGCAGGAUUGACAGCAGUGGCCUGUGGCAUCUGAAGACAGGCUAGAAUUAGAGUCUUUCUUUACUGAUGCGUCUGUUUAUUUUUUGAAGGUCAAAAGUUGGUUUGCCAUUUAUAAGUGUGUUUAGCUGGUGCUGAGCCGGGCACAUGAGGUCUCCCAUGACAAGCCUGCUGCUUGGAAGAGGUCAUUUCCUUUAAACAUCACUCGUGAAAUGCUGUGCCCCAGAUCUGAGGGGGGAAAUCUGUUCAUCCAAGUGUCUGGUGGCUCUGGAUUUCCCUUUGAGCAGAGGAGUGUCUGUUGACUGCAGAUCCUGCAACUGUCGUGUGGCUUCGUAUGGAUAAACUGAUGCUUCUGGUCUGCACCCCGGGGGUUUUACACAGUUACCUGCUACUUUUGUACAUAUAAAGCAGUAAGGACUGCUUUGUGUAUUUUGCAAAUGAAUGCUAGGUAUUUAAUGGACUGUUUCGUGUAGAUUAUAAUUUAAAAUAAAGUGAAACAAAGGCUUUUUUUUUUUUCUUUUGCAAAUUUCACCUACCAAAUAAAGCAUGAUAACCAUUUU